UGCCCCAAUGGACAAAUAUUGGAAUGAAAAAACCAUGUGUAUUCGGGUGAACAAUGCAACUCCGAGGCAGGCCCAAAAUUUGCGCCACUGAAAAUAAAAUGGUAACAUCCAUAUCUGAAAGGGUGUUGUCUCCGAGUACAAAAAAGCGAAAAAUCAAGUCCCAGUGCCUCACCCCCAUGCAUCAGACAGACACGAACCGUACCACCACUCAGUCCGAGGACAAUACUCUAACGGUCGUGAACCACGCCUACAUGAUACAGUGUGGCAGGUGUCAGACUGUUAUCGAGUAUGACACUCAGACUGACUGGCCCACGGUCAGCCUCCUUGUCAACGAGCACUUGGGCAUCUGUCCAGCCAAACUCAACUUCCAUGGGCCCGCCCCAUCUCACCCCCCUUCCGAAACAUAUGACACACAGAACACGCCGAGUCAUAACUUUGUUGGGAAAAUGGAUCCAAAUGACAGCAAGCACGAUAAUCGAUUCAUCGCGGGCUGUCACAAGCGGCAGAGGAAAAGCGAGGGUCAGCGGAAACAGGAGCUCGAAGACGACGAGUACACCUACAGUGUAUGCCCUACAUCCGUCAGGUGCCGCGGAUACGAGAAGGAGAUCAGUUUGGACAAGCGCUCCAGAUACUAUCCUGGACUUUGGACCAAACACAGAGAGAAAUGUCGAGGAAUCCAAAAGAUCGAGGAAGAUAAACUCGACAAAUCUGCCACAAGAGAAGGUGUUUGCCCGUGGAGUGCGGAACGGUACUCGGAUGCUGCUAGUUCAUUCAAGACAGAGAAUCCGUGGGCUGACGGCAUUUUGCGAGUGGCGAGUUCUGUUGAAAGCAGCAUCUCAAGACAGAUGGAACUGUCGGAUGACGAAGAGCUGCCGGAAGAGGGAGAUUGGGGAGAUCGGGAUAUUCCUUUCAGCACGUUGAACGAGCAAUUUUAUAAUGAGUGCUGGCAAAGGGGAGAUAGGCCAUGGGCGUACCGCUACUCUACCACGAAGGAGAUCAAGGAGAGGACAAUCGGCACCGUUUAUUUUGAUACUGCGAUACCAAAACUCAAAUGCCCAUGUCCAAGACUCCAAAACGGUGUGACUUCGAUUCAAAAGACAACCUCCUUUGGAUGCUCUGCAAAAACCCAGUGAUCAGAUCACUACACAAAUGAGCAUGAUGCAUGUCAACGCGUGUGCCGGGAUCCAUCAGUAUGGAAAGCAGGACCACCGCGCUCUAUUUGUCAGCAUUUCUGGUGCAGGACUCCGGAAACCGCAGAGACAGAGCUAAAAUAUAAUAGAGUAAGUCCUGCUACGUACCUAAUAUAGAUGUUUUUCAACUGUCCUUAUUUUCCCCGGCUUCGAAUCCUGGUUUUCCCGACUGUCUCUGUGGCUGUCACAACCAGCCAUUGAAAUGUAACCUCAUGACUUAGUACCAGCUACAUAUGUCCAUGUACGAAUGUAUGACUGUAGAGAGUUGAGACGAGCGGGGGACACGCGGGACGCUAAACAACGAUGAUAAUCUCAGUAUCUUUGAUAGAACUCUGUGUGCUACAUGACAAG